UAUCAACACUCACUUGGGAGUCGAGCAGUCUCGCCGCGAUGACAUGGAAUCGCUAGGCUACKUUAUGCUAUACUUUCUCCGUGGUAAUCUUCCGUGGCAGGGCCUCAAGGCUGUUACCAAAGAGCAGAAAUAUAACCGUAUCAUGGAGAAGAARAUGGCUACCCCUAUCGAGGUCCUUUGCCGUGGGCUUCCCAACGAAUUCGCCACYUACUUGAACUAUACUCGCUCCCUACGAUUUGAAGACAAGCCCGACUACUCUUACCUACGCAGGCUUUUCAGCGACCUGUUCGUGCGUGAAUCCUUCCAAUCCGACUAUGUCUUCGAUUGGACCGUCUGUAAAUACCAGAAGAAUGCGGCUAUGAUGGAUGCAGCAAGUCUCAAGAAAGAUAGGGAAACCGAGGAACAGAAAUCCCGCGCUUCUCUGAAGCCCGAGAACAAAGAUAAUCAUCCACAUAGCGCCCAACCAAGCGGCAUCWUCCUGCAGCCAGAGACUCAUCCCAUCACCGAAGACCAGCUGAUCAACGAGGUCCGGGCCAUCUAUGCCGGUCUAGUGAUGGUGGAAAAGAAAUGCAUCGAGAUUGUGAAGCAACAGAACGAGAAACCCGAAGAGCUUACUGAUUUGCAGUGGCAGGCAAUUAUUGCACUGCAUAGAACACUGCUUCAUGAACACCAUGACUUUUUCCUCGCCUCAAACCAUCCAGUGGCGAGCGAGACAUUAAAAGAAUUGGCAAGAACCUAUUCUAUGCCUGCCCGAAUGUGGCGCUAUGGCAUACAUUCGCUCCUGGAGCUGCUACGAAAGAGGCUGCCCUUCUCCCUCGAGCAUAUGCUUACAUUCAUCUACAUGGCAUAUGCAAUGAUCACGCUACUUUUGGAAAGCAUCCCAGAUUUGGAAGAGACUUGGAUCGAGUGCCUUGGUGACCUCUCUCGCUACCGGAUGGCCAUUGAAGAGGUGGAUAUGCAUGGCCGGGAGAUAUAUACAGGAGUUGCAAGAUAUUGGUAUACCAAAGCGGCGGAUCUCAACCCCGAUAUUGGACGUAUUCAACAUCAUCUUGCUGUACUCGCACGCCCAAAUCAACUGCAGCAGCUCUUCUACUAUUCAAAAGCCUUAAUAAGCGUGCAGUCCUUUGCGAAUGCGCGCGACAGCAUCUUGCUCCUGUUUAGUCCUCUAUUAGACCCCGCGAAAGCUGCAAAUAAGUAUUCCAAAUAUUAUCCUCGAGUUCUGACCCUCUUUGUCGAGGCGCAUGGGGCUCUGUUCACGAGACAUGAUGUUUCUACUUUUGUGACACCUGCUGAGCAGUUCUUGGAUCAGCUUGAUAAACAUGCUGGGAACAUUGGUCCUCUGUUCCGGGAACAGGGCGUCUAUAUCGUGGCUGCUAAUUAUGCUGCUAUCUUUGACUUUGGCCAUGACGAUGCAAUCAUCCCUUCCACGUUCAAUGGACUAAGCCAACGAUCAGAGAUGCUGGAUAAGGCAUAUAAAUAUUGGCAGGAGAAUCCCGCCUGUAUUCAGACUGAUAUUGCAUGCCGAACUACUCAUGAUCAAAGGAUUAGCAAUAGCAGGAAAGCGGCAUCCUUUGCAUCCCAUCUUGCAUUUACUACUCUCGACAUCAUCAUGGAACGAUUGGGUGACAAUAAUACACUACCAUGCGUACAUGUCUCCUUAGCGUUUCUGUGGUGCGCAGCCAUGGUUCCAGGGAGCAUGUCCUACAUCCAAGCAGACGUGCCCUGGGCACGACUGGCCACCUUUCUGAACGCACUCAUCAGACCAGAAACCGACAUGUCUGAAAUCGUCGAGAACGAAAAAUUCCCCACGCGCGAAGCAGAUGUCUCACAGCAAUUACCAGAGGAUUUCUUGAUCUAUGGCCUCUGUUGGAGUCAGCUCUACUAUCCAACGGGCUUCUUCAGCGAGAGUGCUGAGGGCGAUGAGCGGCAUAUAGAGCUUCCGUCUGUGGCUGUUCCGCGGACAAGGUGCUGUCUCUGGCUAGGGAUUCGUAUUGCCAAGUUCAACCAUUGGCUURACUACAACGCUGAGAGCYGUACGUUUUCCGCAACCGYGUUUGCAAAGAACCUUG